CACUCGCCGGAGACGUGCCACAUACUCGGUUAACGCUAGCCAGCGGUUAGCAUCUGGCUGCUCAGAAAUGUCACAUUUUCGAGAAAAGAGGGGACGUUCACUUUUUUGUUAGAUAAGAUGCUGAUAAGUGAGGAAAACGUGAUGGAGCCGUGGAACAAGCCAAACCAUCCUCCUACAGCCAACUGAUUAAUGAUUUACGUUAAGCAAAGCCUCAACGUUAAGACAAUCCGCACCAUGGGAAGGAUCAGCUUUUCGUGCCUUUUCCCAGCCUCAUGGCAUUUCAGCCUAUCAUCCCAGGUUCUCCCUCGGCUCCUGACACCUUCCCUCAGACAGCUACUCUUCAUCGGCCUGGUGCUCUGCCUCAUGGGACUGCUCUACCUGCUGCUUGUCACUGGAAAAGGGCAUGUGGGCUGGAUCAGAGAGGAAAAUCACUUCCACAGGCACUUGGCUAGAGUGACUGAUGUGGAUGCAACAGAUACAAGCAACCCCAACCUGAACUAUGGCCUGGUGGUGGACUGUGGCAGCAGUGGCUCUAGGGUAUUUGUGUACUGCUGGCCCAGACACAAUGGUAAUCCCCAUGAACUGCUGGACAUCCGGCAAAUGCGAGAUCAGCACCGCAAGCCAGUGGUCAUGAAGAUCAAACCGGGUAUCUCUGAAUUGGCUAAAACACCUGAGAAAGCCAGUAAUUAUAUAUUUCCACUGCUGAGCUUUGCAGCCCAACACAUCCCCAAAAAUAAGCAUCAAGAAACACCUUUGUAUAUUCUGUGCACAGCCGGAAUGAGAAUCUUACCUGAAAGUCAACAAGAAGCACUUCUGGAGGAUCUACGCACAGACAUCCCAGUCCACUUCAACUUCCUUUUCUCUGAUUCCCAUGUAGAGGUGAUUUCUGGAAAACAGGAAGGUGUCUAUGCAUGGAUUGGAAUAAACUUUGUCCUUGGAAGGUUUAACCAUGUGCACAAUGAUGGGGAAGCUGUAGUGGAGGUACAUGUCCCAGGCAGUGAUCAGCAGGAGGCGCUGGUGAGGAAAAGGACUGCCGGUGUCCUAGAUAUGGGCGGCGUCUCUACACAGAUCGCAUACGAAGUGCCCAAAACUGUAAGCUUUGCUUCUCCACAGCAGGAGGAAGUUGCCAAGAACUUACUGGCGGAGUUCAACUUGGGAUGUGACGCACAUCGCACGGAGCAUGUUUAUCGUGUUUAUGUGUCCACCUUUCUGGGUUUUGGAGGAAAUGCAGCACGCCAAAGAUAUGAAGAAAGCCUCAUCAGAAAUACUGCCACUCGAAACAAGCUCUUAGGUCAGCAUAUUGGUGAGACAGCAGAGUCUCCCCUCCUGGACCCCUGUCUACCCACAGACCUGCAGGAUGAAAUUGGUCCAUCUACACAGAAGCUCUACCUGCGAGGCACAGGAGACUUUGACCAGUGUCGCCAGAUUCUCCAGCCGUUCCUCAACCGCACCAAUGAGACCCAAACCUCCCUCAGCGGUAUCUACCAGCCAGCCAUUGACUACAGCAACAGUCAGUUCUACGGCUUCUCUGAGUUUUACUACUGCACAGAGGAUGUGCUGCGCAUGGGCGGGGAUUAUAAUGCUUCAAAAUAUGCCCAGGCUGCUAAGAGUUACUGUGGCACCCAGUGGAAGACUCUGAGGGAGCGCUUUGACUCUGGCUUGUAUGCUUCACAUGCUGAUCUUCACAGACUGAAGUACCAGUGUUUUAAAUCUGCAUGGAUGUAUGAAGUAUUGCACUCAGGCUUCUCUUUUCCAACCAAUUAUAAAAAUCUGAAGACUGCCCUACUGGUGUAUGAUAAAGAGGUCCAGUGGACUCUUGGAGCUAUACUUUACAGAACACGGUUUCUGCCUUUGAGGGACAUUCAACAGGAAAGCCUGAAAGGAGCGCAUUCUCACUGGCGGCACAGUUUCUCCUUUGUCAACAACCACUACUUAUUCCUGGCUUGUUUCUUCAUUGUGUUGUUAUCUAUUAUGCUGUACUUACUGCGACUCCGCCGCAUCCACCGUCGCACGGCGCAACGCUGCACCCCCUCCUCCGUACCAUGGUUGGAAGAGGGCCUUGGCUCACCCACACUCCCUAUCAACCUCUAAACUUUGUAGAGCGUAAAGUCUGGACAGUGUGUCUGACUUUCCAAAGCCAAUCUUUACUCCUCUUCUCUCUGAAGUUCAGAGAGGUUGCUACUCUGAAAACAGGGCUGCUCCCUGCCAUGUGAUGAGAGAUGGUACUGAGAUUUGGACAAAUGAUAAAGAUCUUCUUCUUCUUCAGGCUUACCUGAGCCAAUGUUUGUGUUUAAGUUAUUUUGUUUAAUAUUGAAAUGUCUUUUUUAGAAUUCAUGCUCUUGCCUGUCACAUACUCUUUUGUCAAUUUCAAACGGCAGCUGCCUCCAGGUGUCUUCUGUUUCAUUUCUAAAAAAGACAAACACAAUGGUACUUGUUAGGUAAUCUCCCAUACCCAAAUAAAUUAUGUAUAUAAUUCUAUACUUUGACUUUCACAAAGUUUGACAAAUAUACCACAGUGGCAGUUUAUUUUAUUUUUGUAUGUAUGUGUGGGCACUUGCCUUUCUUUAUGCCUUUUAUAUGUGCAUGAUCACAUAUGUUCUUUUUUGUUUUUAUGGUUGUUGUCUAGAAAAACCUCAAAUGCAAUACAAUUUAUAAAUAGUGGAAGGAGCACUUUGUAAUGCAGUUGAGAAUGAGGCUGCAUAGCACUUCCCACCUGGGAUGGUCUUUUUUUUUUUUGAAUGUGUGUAUGUGUGUGUGUGUCUUUUCCAAAUCACUCUGCCUCUAGUGCAAUACAUGUCUUGUCACUGUUGGGAAGUUCUCCACAACACAUCUGCUCUUUUGUGUGGAGUAUCAGUCUAUCUGAAAGCCCUGCUGAAAUUCUUGUGUUAUUUAUGUUGGGCUUCAUUUUCAGAAGCUGUCAUAUCACUGCUGUGAGGGGAUUGUAAGUGGGAGCACAUGCCCCAUUAUUUAUAUGAAAAUGGUCUAGUAAAAUGUUUGCACAGAUGAAUGAGAAAUAUAUGUUGUCAGAUUGAAAUUCAUUAAUAAAGGUUUUAUGGUA